AUGGCUGAGGAAGAGGACAAGACAAAGGGUGGGGAGCUGCUGGUGGAGAUGUGGUCAGAUGAGGACGAGGAUGGCCUUGAUGGCGCUGACACUGGUGUGGCUGGCGAUCAAGAAGACGAAGAGCUGAACAACGCACGCGGAUUCACAACAGCGGACCUGCGUGCAUGCGAACGGGUGAUUGGUGCUCUGGCAAAUGACUUGGAUGCUUACUUGGAUCCCAUGUACCGUGAGCUCCGAAAGCGCAUCCAGCCCAUUGUCGUCGCGGAUCAACGCCGCUACUUUAAAGGCAUGAGUGAGGCCGAUCGGAAAGCACGCAAUGCGUACAAGAUGAAGAAGGCUGCGUUGGACCGCAAGGUGAUCAACAGCAAGCGCCUUCGCCAGCACCGCAUCCAGGCCCUCAAACAGCUGCAGGAAAAGGCAUCCGCUCUUGGCAUCGAGGCCAGCAUCGCUGUUCCCGACGGCGCUGCAACACACGACCCGCUCGCAUUGGAGGCGCCAAGGCCGACAGAUCAAGAUGAUGAUGAUGGCGAUGGGUGCGAUGGUGGCGAGUCCCGUGAUUUGGAGACGAUCAUCCUUUCCUGCUACAUCUGCAAGAUGAGGUUUUCGCGCCUGCACCACUUCUAUUCGCAGCUCUGCCCAACGUGCGCCGCCCUCAACUUUGAGAAGCGAUCGUUCCUCGUUUCACUGGACGGGCGAUAUGCGAUUGUCACCGGCGGCCGCGUCAAAAUCGGAUUCCAGAUUGGGCUGAAACUGCUGCGUGCGGGCGCCGCCGUCGUCGUCACAUCGCGAUUCCCGCGCGACGCAUUUGCCAGAUACGAGAAGGAGAAGGACUUCACGACGUGGGGCGAUAGGCUCCAUGUGUAUGGCGUGGAUCUCCGCAUGCUUCCGCACGUCGAAUCGUUUUGCGACUGGUUCAUGACAGAGUUUCCAUGCUUGGAUGUGAUCAUCAACAACGCGUGCCAGACGAUCCGUCGUCCCCCGACAUAUUACAAGCGUCUCAUUGUCGGCGAACUCACAGCGCCGCACGCCCCGCCAAAGCAGGUCCACCUGCCCACCAGCCAACCAAGCUCCACCACCACCCCAUCACCGUCCACGCCCGCCACAGCCAUGACGACAGUGACGGCACCAGCGGCUGGCAGUGGGCGCGAUGUUCCUGCGUACAUUGCACCGCUGGCGUCACAGCUCGCAGCCGAACACCACGCACACGCCCAGCACGACAGUGACAACAACAACAACAACAACAGCUACAAUGGUGAUGGCGCUGACAACAGCAGCAACGACAACAGCACUGGCAGCGGUAAUGACAGUGUUGCGGCGAAAGCCAACUUGUCGCAGUUGUUCCCUCAAGGCCUUGAAGACGUCAAUGAACAGCAAAUCGACCUCCGUGACACAAACAGCUGGCUGCUGAAGAUUGGACAAGUGACAACACCGGAGAUGAUUGAGGUGAAUGCGUGUGCAUCAGCGGUGGCGAUGAGUGCGAUCACGGUGAUGGCAAUCAUGGUGAUGUCUGUGAACGCCAUUUCGCCAUUCAUCAUCAACGGGCGGCUACAGGACCACCUCCUCAAAUCAAAACACAGCGACCGGUACAUUGUGAAUGUGAGCGCGAUGGAAGGCAAGUUCUAUCGAUACAAGACACCAAACCACCCGCACACGAACAUGGCCAAGGCCGCACUCAACAUGAUGACCCGCACGUCCGCCGCCGACCUCGCAAAGAAGGGCAUCUACAUGACGGCUGUUGACACGGGUUGGAUCAACGACGAGAACCCUGUUGCUCGCGCUGCCCGCAUUGCACAGGCGCACAACUUCCAGACACCCAUUGACGAGGUGCAGCGAGAUAACGUUGAUGCGGCUGCGCGUGUUGUUGAUCCCGUGUUCAUGGGGGUGCAGGGGCGGGCGAGUGACCCCUCCUUUGAGCCCAUGCAUGGCAUCUUCCUCAAGGACUACCAGGAGACGGAGUGGUGA